CUGCUGAUCCGCUUUGUUCCCAAGUCAAUUGCAUAUUCAGGACCUGGUAUGAAAGCAAGGACUCAGCUUGCUGUGUUACAUUUCAACGAGAAUACUUCAAGGGACCAAGCUCAGGACCGAAUUGGGCAGACACGCUGGAAGAGGAGGCUCAGCAAGUCCAGGAAGGGGCACUUUACAGCCCACAAAGUCAAGGCGGCACCAACAUUUGGAUAUGUCGCCAAACUGAUAGUGGAUGUUAUGGCAAGAGCAGGUGCCACUCCUCACAAGACAAGCUCCAAAGAGAUCCCUUCCGAGACUGGCACGUUCCUGACAGACAGAUAUAAGGCACCGUCUAUGAAGAGCUCAUUGCUGCUCACAGGUCCAGAUUUCCGGAUGGCUGCCCUUAGGGAACAUCUCAAACUAUUUUGACUUCCGUGUCCCAUUUCAUCUUGAUGAGACGUUUGCCCAGCCGCUCGCCUGUGCAGCGACCUAACCGCCUCAGUUUUCAUGAGCUGCGUUCAUAGCAUUUCCAUGCUACGUGCAGCAGCUCUGUACUGCCAUGCUAUGAACAUCAUAAAGAAACGAACACAACAUUCCAACAAGCAAGGUCAGCAGUGGCCCUGUUUUCGAGUAAUGAAGUGAGGAACUUGACCACCACAAGCACUUUUCACAUCCCGCCUUGGUGAGAAGAGGUCUGCCCAGCCGGAACCCCGUGUAGCAACCUAACAGUCUGUUUUCGUAAAGUGUGUUGAUUCCAUUUUGCAUUGCCUACACUGACUAUUUGGUACCAUGCUACUUAUAGUUUAAAGUAUUCACAUGUUCGCUUUUUCCUAUCAUCUAUACAGAAUGCUCUAACGGAGGCUCGCACACUUAUCCAAACGCUGUAGAGACUGUGAGGUGCCAUAAUGCAAUGAAGAUCAAGAUUGAUUUUAUACCCCAUUACCAGGAGUGGAAGCCAUGACCCAUGUUCUCAACAAAAUGCCAUAAACACUGAGCAGUUGUAGCGGGCAAUGGCAUGGCACAUUAUUUAGACUAUCAUAACCUUCGCUGGCGAAUGCCUCAGAAGAACUUGGCGGUUACAGAUUAUCAGUAUUACAGUAACUUCAACUCGUCACCUUGAGCAAAGGUCUUCGGCCAUUUGAUUUCAGCCCUAGUGUUUUGGAAUCAGAACCUCAAUAACAGGAAAUCACAUUUUACCAUUCUAUGGCUGCACUAAAAAUGAGAGGCAGUUUCUGAAGCCGUGCUCAAAUCUGUCAGGCCCACCACAUACACUAGAAUGCAACGUGUUGCACCAGCUGCCAUGAUGACGCAGCCCUGAAGCAACAUGUAUGAGCCAUUCUUUAUAGA